ACCGCGACUAACGACGAGUGAAAUACGUGUUAUUAAAAAAACGUUAUCUUGUAACUACGAUUGUGACAGUUCAUCAUUUGCAUAAUAAUUAACAGAUAAAGUUGAAGUACACAUUUUAACGUAUUUGUUUUUUAAAAGGUACAUUGCAAAUUCGAGGAGAAACUCUUGUAUGUCAGAAAUCUUUUAUUAGUGGAGCAACCAUUAAAAUGGAGAAAAAUGAUAAUGAUAACGAAGAGAGUAACGCUAAAAGGGAGAAGCUACCUUUUGGUAGUAAAGAGAAUAUGAUCACGGUAUUAAAUGAUCUCUUUAAAUAUGGACAUCAGAAUCUUCCUUUUAGUAGCGUUCUGGGCAUGUCUACGGACGAAUGUCGAUCUAAUAUUGAUUCGGCGUUCAAAUUGACACAGACUUUUCUUAAGGACAAGCCUUCGGUAGUUGGUUGGUUACACAGUAAUUUGUUCAAAGAAUCUGAAUAUAAUAUACCUAUGGCAUUGUUAUUCAUUGCAUUAUACGAACAGCAGUCAUUGCCUCAGAAGAAGAUAGAAUGUGAUUUUAGCGAAGUGUAUCACUUCCUUUAUAAAAUGAUGACGAAUCAGCCGGCACCGCAGCUUUCUAGUAAUUCUGCGACCGUUUUACACAGAUUAUUAUCAGAAUUAAUAGAGGAAGUGUGGCCGAACAAACAACUGGACCUUCUAAGAUAUCUAAGUCAAAUACAUAUCUACAGCAGAACGCCAGUCAGAAGAACAUAUUCACGAAAAAAGAAUGAUGCUGCAUAGAACAAAAACAGCA